AUGGGAGAGCUCAUCCACAGUAGCUUUUAUGACAUUUCUAAGAAAUAUGGACCAAUUGCAUCCUUGAAAAUGGGUUUUGUUACUAUAAUUGUGAUUUCUUCUCCUGAGAUGGCGAAAGAAAUUUUGAAAACAAAUUACUUAUUCUAUGACUUCAAGGAUGUGGGAUUCACUCCAUACCGGCCUUAUUGGAGACAGAUGAAGAAACUCUUCAUGGUGGAAUUGUUGAAUGCCAAAAGAAUCGAGUCCAUGAGAUCAAUGCGAGAGGAAGCGGUGUCUCUGGCCGUCCGAUCAGUGUGGGAGAAGAGCCGCCAUGGAACAGUUGCCGUCAAUCUUAGCCAGAUAAUCGCAUCCCUUGCAACUCAAGUUUCUCCUACAUCUAAGAGGCAUAGGUUAAAAAGAAAUACUCCUGUAGUAAAGCCACAUGUAAAAACCAUUCCUACAGCUACUCCAAAGGUUUAUGUGAGAAGGAGUCAGAGAAAAACCUGGAAGGCCCAUCCAGCAGGUGAUCCAAUAGAGGUUAUUUCAGUUGAAGCAUCAAAAGAAGGGAGCCCUAUAGAUGUUGAAACUCAGAAGGAAGAUGGUGUUGAUAGACUCUCAAAUCUAUUAUAUGUGGAAGAGCAUCUUGAGGAACUUGUUGAAGAGAUUCCACGGCCUAAGGAUAUUAACAUUGUUGUAGAUAAGGAGAAUACAGAAGUUAAGGUAGUCGAUGGUGAGAAUAUCAAGAUCUCUAAGACAUUGGCAAAUAUUACUGACUCUCAGAAUAUUGAGACACCGGAAAUGGUAGUGUUCGAAGAAAAAUUGGAGAACUUGGAGAAAGAAAAGGAAAGAAUAAGGCUGAAGGUCCGGGAGCUGAAGAGAAAACUUGGUCCUAGAUUGGAUAGUCUUAUUAUUCAGCAAGUUGAAUUAACUAAGGCAACAAUCCCUGGAGAAAGAUAA